AUGCCGAACCCAUUCCAGCGGUAUCUGACCGAGCUGCCGAACCCAGAUGGUGGAUCUUUCGGCUCGUAUUACAGCCUCCCGGCUCUCAAGGACUCUCGCAUCGAGCCAGUUCUGUCCCUUACCCUCCGUUCCUUCCUCUCCUCCCCCUUCCUCUUCCUCCCCUCCUUCGCCCAGCUGCCUGUGGAUUUGGUGAUCAACCACCCAGUGCAGGCGGACUACGCGGAGGCGUCCAACCAAGUGAAUCAGGAGUACCUGGCGCGGGUGGUGAUGGAGGUCAACGGGCUGCUCUACCCUGACAGCGUCAUCAGCACCGACUCCUGCUCCACCUUGAUCCAUGGUCUCGGCAUCGUCGGCUGGGACGAGAGAGGGUCUAAAGCCAAAAGUGCCGUGCGCGGGGAGCCCAUAAGAAUGGACCUCCCCCAAGUCGUGGGCGUCAAUAUCACGGGAAGGCUCCGAGCGGGAGCCACGGCCACGGAUUUGGCAAUGGCGUGCAUGAAGAAUCUACCCAGCAUGCUGAAUACAUGUGUGGAGUUUUACGGCGAGGGGACGCGGGAGCUGUCUGUGGAGGACCGGUCGACAGUGGCGAACAUGCUGUCGGGGUUUGGGGCGGCCAUGGGGUUCUUUCCAGUGGACUCGGUGACGCUGCAGCACCUGAGGGACACGGGGCGCGAUGAGGCGAAGGUGAAACAGGUUGAGGCGUACAUGCGCGCCAACCACCUCUUCCUGGACCACGCCACGGCUGGAGAGGCGGAGGCCAAGCCCAACCUGGUCAUUGCUGCCAUCGCCUCCGCACAACCCGUCCAACCUCUUCUCUCAUGCCUCAACCUCUCUGCCAGUGACUCACUGAAUUGUUUCGUCUCUACCACCCGAUCCCCUCUCUUGGUCUCCCUUCCACAGGGCUUCGGCAUCCUCCCGGACCAGCAAGGAAAGAGUGUGCCGGUGACUCUCGAGGAAGGGGUGCAAAUCCAGCUGAAGCACGGGUCCGUGGUCAUUGCCGCCAUCACCUCCUGCACCGGCGCGCUCAACCCGGCGGAAAUGCUGACAGCAGCCUUGGUGGCGAAGAAGGCGAGUGAGAGGGGGCUCCAGGUGAAGCCCUGGGUGAAGACGGGCCUCGCCCCUGCCUCCAACGUUGUCACCAAGUACCUUGAGGCCAGGGGGCUCCAGGUGAAAGCGUAUGAGAAGGUGAGCCUGGCUCCUGUCUCCAACGUGGUCACAAAGUACCUUGAGGCCAGCGGUCUCCUGCCAGCUCUGGAGGGGCAGGGCUUCCACGUGGUGGGGUAUGACUGCACCACGUGCAUUGGAAGCUUGGCAGAGAUUUCAGAGUCUGUUAAGGAGGCCAUUUCUGACAACGGUCUGGUGGCAGCAACAGUGCAGUCUUGUAACGGUACCUCUGAGGGGCACGUGCAUCCUCUCUUUCGGGCUAACUACCUUGCAUCGCCGCCCCUCAUCGUGGCAUAUGCGCUCGCUGGCACGAACUUUGAAGAAGAGAGCAUUGGAUCGGACAAGGACGGCAAGGAGAGAAUGGGGCGGGGUGAUGGAAAGCGGGAGAAUGGUGCAGGGUGA